AGCCGUUCAUAAUAUAUAAAAUUUAAUCCACGGCUUCCCUGAACGCGUGCCACCACGAUUAACGUGGGAGUAGCGUUGCCGCCGCUGCACGGUCCUAUGUUCAAUAAUUUAUAGAAUAGGGUUUAGGGUUUAUUAACAUCUCAAGAACCCUUCUUACACAGAACAAAACUCUCCCAGCUAAAGCAAAGAUGCAAAAUCGUAAGCGAAAAGACAUAUUCGACGCCCAACCUCGAGAAACUCCUAAACGGCACCGUUUGGAACGUCACAGUCCCUGGAACAACCUUAAUCUUAUACUCUGCAUCCAAGACAAACACCAUGAUCUCUCCAGCAAGGUCAAUCAGGCCUUCAAUUUUGUGCAGUCCUAUAAUGGUGAGGAUCGUAAAACCAUAGAACUGCCAAGACUACUGUGUUAUCUUAAUGAUUGGAUAUUGACAUUGCUAUUCCCUCCAAAUGGGAAGAAAAACUGGGGCGAUGGACAGACACCGCCGCAGUUUGAGGGAAUUGAUGCAUAUAUGGAUCUUCGUUGUUGGGAGAUAUUCAAGUUCUGUUUGCAGGAGUCUUUGAAGUUCCACGUCUCUUUGAGUAUUCCCCGGAACCUCCUACAAACGGUUCAGUUCGUUGCCAGAAAUGUUCUGUCACUGCUAGAGGAUUCCUCUAUCAGUUCAGGAGAACUUUUUAUAUCUGAUGAAAGGUAUAAACUGUGUGAUACCACUCUUGACUGUGUUUCAUUGGUUUUCUCGUCUCAUGGUGGGUUGUCAAAUAAAAACUUGGACUUGUGGGUUGAAACAGCCAGGGUGUUGCUUGAACUUGUGCUUAAAAUGUAUAGCAAUAAACUUGAUGGCAGCGACGUGGGUGCUUAUGCACUACGCUUUCUGUGGUCGGUGCUUCAGCCAUUCUCUAAGUUGAGGGUCCAUCUAGCUAAGAAAGGAUUUCAUAACUUUGUGGAUAAACUUCUUGAGCCACUGUUGCAUUUAUCAGGAGAGUUGCAUCUUCAGGUUAAUGAAAGUAAUCCCAUUUGGGCGUCGAGAUUAAUGGAGGCGGUGGAAGAAGUUCUUUCUCAUGGACUGUUUCAUCACAUGCAUAUUCCUGAGUUUUUAAGCUUGCAUGUUUCAGAAAACGAUGAUGCUUCAUGUGAUGAUAAGUCAAAUGACUCAAAGGCAACUAUUAAGAGUUAUACUAGACAUUUAUUUGAUGUACUGAACAAAAUUAUAGCUAAGAAGAAUGAUAUGGCAAUGGGUAGCUUAGGCUUGUUAUUUCACUUGUAUGUUAAUUCAGCAAGAAAAUUCAAACUGGAUGAAGGGCACCAGACAGUGGAGAAUAUAGAUGGUUCAAGGCAACCAGUGCCAGGAAAACACUGUAGCUCAAAUAAUAUUUCUGCAGACCUUCAAAACUCACUUUUCAAUUUUUUUGUACUGAUUAUGGAACCCCUUUUGCUGAAGAUUAAUGCCUAUAUUCAAGUUGAAGUAGAUGCUAAUCCCCUGUUGUUGGAUUUUCAUGCUUUACUCAAGUCUAUUGGUAAAUUACUUGCUAGUUUUAUGCAAGACAAAGUUUAUGUGAGAACCGAGGACACAUCUGGAGGAGCUUGUCUUAAUUUCUUGAAGAAAAUAUUUAAUACACUGAUGACUAGUUUCACUAGUGUACUUCACUUCUCCAACUAUGAUACAACCAACAGGACGGAGAUAUCUAGUACUUUGCCUGCUAACGAGAUUCUAGUUGCUAUGGGAUAUCUUUUGCAAAUUGAAUAUGAGGUUAUUGGAGAAGACUUGGUAAAUCUGUGGCUUCUCAUGUUGUCAUGCUCUGCCAUCAAUUGCAAUUUGGUGAAUGUUCCUGACCAAUGCCCAUUACCUUCCACUAUACCUGCCCUGGGAUGCCAAACAAUUUAUCUCUACAGUCAACUUCGCCAGGUGGAAAUUGCUAUUUUAGCAUUGUGCAAAGCAAUAAGGCUUGUUAUAUCUCACGAGGGUAAUACUGAGGGUUCUUCCAGGUUCUUGGUAUUUCUGUCGAAUGAAUUUCAUUCUGAAGCAGUUGAAAGGCUGUUAUCUUCAGAGAAGUUCAUCAAUGCCAUUUAUAAAGCUGUUGAAUCUAUUCCCGAAGGGCAAGUAUGUGGUUGUAUUAGACAAAUAACAGAAGAUAUUUCAGAAUCUCUCAGGUGGAUGAAAGAUUUCUGUCCAUUGGUUGAUGGCAAGAAAUUGCAAAUUUUUAAUCUGCAAGGGGAACUGCUGGGUAGAGGGCUGUCUAGACUGUAUUGUUUAGUUCUUGGUUCGGUUAUUAUCACCAACAGCAACCGCAAUCUUCUUGGGGUUGCUGUAAAUGAACUUAUGGCAUUAGUGCGUCCCUACUUGAGUAUUCUAGUUGGGCAACAACCAGAUACAAUCUGCAAGUUCUUUUCUUCUGUCAUAGGAGAAACUGUUGAUCAGGUGGUUAGAAAGGGAAAAGUUUUAAAGAAAUUUGGUAGGUCCAGUCAAUGGGUCCUUGUGUUCUUCUUUCAGUUGUUUGUGUCCUGUCAAAGCUUAUAUAGGCAAGCAAGCCUUAGGCCUCCUGAUAUGCCAAAGAUGUCUGCAGAGGUGGAGGAUUACACAACAUAUUCUGCCUCUGAGUUGAUGGAGAGGAUUGAUGAGAUAGACUUUGGUUAUUUUUCUUGGAUUGUUCAACCCUCUUCUUCCCUCCUUGUUGUUAUGCAAUUUAUUUCUGACAUAUAUCUUAAACUUGGCUCAGAUGAUUCUUCCCCUUUGAUCUAUAUAUUUCAGUCUAUGGCUCUUCGAAGGCUUGUUUACUUGAAUAAGCAGAUUAAAUUGUUCAAGUAUUUAAAAAAGAAACAUUAUUUGCAAAAGAAGUCUUAUAGAUCUCAAAUCAAGACACUGAAAGAAGAGGCGGCUGGCCUUACUAAUUUUAUUUUGGAGUAUUUAUCGUGUGUGUAUCAAUCCCCAAUCUUUGUUUCUGAUUAUGUAACUUGUGAAGAUGUAGUUUCUGUGGUCACUCAAAGCAUCCAAGACCACAUAAAAGAAAGAUGCAACCAAUGGGAUUGGGAUCUAGGAGUGUAUGCUGCUAACAAAAAAUCAUUGCCAACACUCAUUUGGUCAAAGCUUUGCAAAAAUGUUAAUAUUUGGAGCAACCAUGCUUCAAAGAAGCAAUUGAAAACAUUCUUCUCACAUUUACUCCAUGCUUACCUUCACAGUGUAACAAGUAGUUUUCAAGAGCCAGGUGUGCAAGAAAUUGACAAGUGUAAGCUGCUCAAGAUGGUCACUUUGUCACAAAUAUCAUCAGAACUUCUGAAUGAUUCCCUUUUUUACGAACAAAAAUUUGUUUACAGGAGUCUGGCCUCGAUGUUUUGCCAUGCUUUAGAGAAAUCUGUGCUCCCAUUAUUUAGUAACAUUCCAUGUACUGAUGUCAAUCUUCAGUCAUUGCCUAAUUGGCCAGAGUUUUUAAGUUCCCUUGACAACUCAGCAAUGCUUGUUGAUAAAAAUAAAGAAAUUCUGGUCGAUUCUUCUGCAGUGGAAAGUUCAACCACUCAUUCAUGUGACAAACUUCCUGCAGAUAUCAGCAGAAAAGACAAGACUUUCCCUGUCACUGACAAAAUUUUUAGAGAUUGCCACCAUUUGCUUGAUCUCUUAUGUCGGAUGCAAGAUAAAAAUGCGAGAUCAUUUUCACAUCUUCUGACUUGUAUUUUCAACCUUGAACGGCUUCUUGUUGGUGCCUUGCUGUAUUCUCAGAGUACAAUGCACUGGGAUUAUUAUUUUGAGUAUUUAAGAUUAUUUGUCUCUUGUCGGAAGACAUUAUGGCAUAUAUUAAUUGGAUUUUAUGAUAAGGCAAACACUAUCCCAUUCUCGCCAAACUCGAUUAUUUCUGGAAGUUCGCUACCUGUAUUGUGGCUUUCAAAGUCAUUAUCUGUAGUUGUUGGGAUUAAAGAGGCACACUCAACCAAAAAUAUUAUUCUCUGUAAAUCUAUGAUGUUUUCCUUAAUGCAUUACACAUCAAAUGUCUUGUUCGGCAUAGGAAAAUAUCAAAUUGUUCACGCUUUUUCCAUUAGUAAAGAAGCUGAGAUGCCUUGUGAAGAGAUCUCUAAUCAUAAGAUUAGCCAUGAGGAGAAUCAUUUGCUUCCAUGUUCUCAGGACUCCCCCAAGCUUGAGGCAUUGAAAUGUUUAACCUUUAUGGCUGAGAAUUUGAGAGAGCAGAUACAGAGCUUGCUUGUUUCUGUUCACAAUACCCCUUGCAAUGUCAAUGUGGGAUUUGGUCUUACUUAUGAAAGCAUUAAUAGAUUGUCCUCUUCAGCUUGUUGCUUUAGUAGACUUUUGUGGGGCCUACUCACAUCUUCCACGGGCCAAACAGAUGCUAAAGAUAGUGAUGAAAAAGAAAAAGUGUUGAUGUGGAAAAGUGAGCAUGCCUCUGAACUGGACAGUUGUAUAUCUUCUCUUGUGGAACUUACCAAUGUUUUUGUAAACAAAUUGCUUAUCGAGAGUAAUCAACUUUCCAAAAGUUCACACAAUACACAACAUUUUGAAGAUCCAGCCGUGAAGUUAUCCUUGUCAAGUACCAAUUAUUUGUCAUCUAAAAGUUUAGUUUCUAAGGCUAAUGCCUUAGUUGGUACACAAAAUGAAUCUACAGCUGCAGCUAGUUGCUUUACUUCAUCAGCUGUUGAUAAUGUCUCCAAAAGUGUCAGUAAUCAUGGGAGAAUGUUGAAUCCAAAUGGUGAAAACUCUGUUGCCAGGGUUUUGGCCAGGGUGGAAUCCACUGAGCUACAGGGUUUGAAUAAGCCUUUGUUGCAAAGCUUGGUAAAAGGUGAUCACCCUGAAAUAGCUUUUUUGCUGAGACAAUUGUUAAUUGUUUUCUCAUCUCUUUUGAGGUUAAAUUUGCUGAAAGAUGAUGGUUUCUUACCUUCUAGUUUUGUACCUACUUUCAUUGAAAUUUCACAAGUCCUGUUAUUAGAAUUUACAGAGAUGGUUGUGGUCCCACAAUAUUCUGCUUUGCUUUUGUUAGAUGGUGCUUGCAACUAUUUGAGAGAAUUAGCGGGUUAUUUUCCUUUCACUGAUCCUACCUCCUCUAGAAAAGUUUACACAAAAUUGAUACAGAUUCACAUGAGGGCAAUAGGCAAGACCAUUUCGUUGCAAGGAAAAAGGGCAACACUAACCUUUCAUGAAAGACAGUCAAGUACCAAGUCACUUCAUAAAGGAUCAGUUGAAGCUUAUUCUUUUACUGAAUUGCACUGCUUUUCCUUGGAUGAAUUUAAAAUUGGGCUGCGCAAUUCAUUCAAAGCAUAUAUAGAGAGGCCAUCUGAAUUGCAUCUUUUGUCUACUAUACAGGCCAUUGAGAGAUCUCUAGUUGGUAUUCAUGAAGGAUGUACUGUGAUUUAUGAUAUAACAACAAGUAAAGAUGGGGGGGGAAUUUCAUCAUUUGUAACAGCUGGCAUUGAAUGCUUUGUCAUGAUUCUUGAAUUUGUUUCAGGUCGGAAAGGCUUGAAGAUGAUUAAAAGACACUGUCAGAGUUUUGUAGCUUCUGUUUUCAACAUUAUUGUACAUUUACAGAGUCUGCCUAUUUUUUAUGAUAACUUGGCAUCUGGAAAAGUUGCCAGUACCCCUGAUCCUGGGUCAGCCAUUCUCUUGGGUGUUGAAGUACUGGUUACAGUUUCAAGAAAACAUACUCUAUUCCCGAUGGAUGUGUGGCAUGUGGGUCACUUGUUACAUAUCCCUGCAGCACUCUUUCAGAACUUCUAUCAGCUUAGAGUUACUAAAGCUUCUGGUCCAUCAGAAACAUUGAUGAUUUCAGAUGAGCAUAUUUGUGAUCAAGUAAAGAGAGUGGAUUUCUGUCACGUAGAUCACCAGUUCUUAGUUAACCUAUUUGAAGUGUGUUGUGAACUAUUGUAUACCACUAUUAUGCAUCGUCCAAGUGAGUGCAAACAGUGUGUUGCUCAUCUUGAAGCUUCUGUUGCUGUUCUUCUUAAUUGCUUGGAGAAAGUUUUAGAUGAUGAAUCAAUGAUGAAUAAAGUUUUCUUUUCUUCAGAAGAGGGAGUUGCAUGUGCUUCUUCUCUUCGAAGAAUUUAUGAAGAGAUAAACAAGCAAAAACAUAUCUUUGGUCGUCAAUGUUCUCUGUUUUUAUCCAAUUACAUAUGGGUUUAUUCAGGAUAUGGUGAUCCCAAGAGAAGUGGCAUCAGAAGAAGAGAAGUGGAUGAAUCUCUAAGACCGGGUGUCGAUGCUUUAAUAGAUGCUUGCUCACGUGAUGAUAUUCAAUAUCUUCAUACUGUAUUUGGGGAAGGACCUUGCAGAAAUAUCCUGUUAAGUCUUGUGGGUGAUCGCAAACUUACCGAAUUUAAAGGAAAAGUUUGAUCUUGAAAUUCUGUUGGUGGUAAUUUUUUGUGCAAUCAUUUUAUUUCCCUGUAGAACCUGCAACAGAGAUUGAUAAUGAGAAUGUCGACUAAUAUUCAUAGAAAGCAAUUACUGCUCCCGUGGAAAACUUUGUUUAUGCAAAUUCUAUAUGUUAUGAAAUCAGAUCUUCGGCAGCUUCCAUUCUUAGUGGAACUUCUUUUUUAGAUGCCUACUUCAUAUUUAAGAACUUGUAUCUUUGUCAUGGGUACCUUAAUGGUAGUGAGAUGUAUUCAUUUUUCAGGAACAGUAAAUACCAUUUGCAUUCGGUUUGUAGUACAGUACAACAUUAGCAAUAUUCAGAUGAAAGCAAAAACUAUCAUAUACCUACUUAUUCAAUGAGGAGAGAUAAAUGCAAAGGCUCUAGUGUUUGUUC